UUCUGUGGAAAAGGGUGCGCUGAAUCGAAGCUACCUAAGGGGUUUUGGGCAUUGUAGUACUUACUUAACACCGAUGAGGAACGGAUUUUUUGCAGUAUUUUGCCAUCUGUUAGUCACUUCAGUGUGACUCAUCUUCGAUUAUCCUUCACACGCUAUAACUUUCUCGCAGAGAGACGUGGCUUGCCGAACUUCGUUCGAGCUGGUCUGGUCAGGGUGUUUGUGUUCGCCCUAUUAAGACCUGAGUUUUCAGCUGGCCGCUCCAUUUUGUUCAUCUUUGAAGGCGUUGACGAUCGCAGUCGAACUUGUGCUUCAUGAUCUUGCCUACUUGUGGUUGACAUGGAGAGCAGCGACGCGAAGAAAGCGGGUACUCGUGUAUUCAAGAAGUCGUCCCCGAACAGCAAGAUCACUACUUAUUUGGGCAAACGGGAUUUUGUAGACCACAUUGAACACAUUGAUCCUGUGGAUGGUGUUGUUCUGAUAGAUCCAGAGUUUGUCAAAGAUGGGAAAAAAGUGUUUGCCCAUGUUCUGGCAGCAUUUAAAUAUGGACGUGAAGAUUUGGAUGUGCUUGGACUAACUUUCAGAAAAGACUUGUUUCUGGCCACUACGCAAGUUUAUCCACCAAAAACAGAAGAUCCAGUUCAGCUUACAAGGCUUCAAGAGAGGCUGCUGAAGAAACUUGGGUCCAAUGCCUAUCCUUUCAAAUUUGAGUUGCCCCCAGGUUCUCCUUCAUCUGUAACUCUACAACCAGCACCAGGAGACACUGGCAAGCCUUGUGGGGUAGACUAUGAACUUAAAACUUACAUCAGUGAAUCUAUGGAAGAAAAACCACACAAAAGAAACACAGUACGGUUAGCCAUCAGAAAGAUUACUUAUGCACCAGAACGACCCUUGCCUCAGCCUCAGGCUGAGACGGAGAAGGAAUUCAUGCUUAGCACUCAUAAGCUCCACAUUGAAGCUUCUUUGGACAAAGAGAUGUAUUACCAUGGGGAGGAGAUUGGGGUUAAUGUACAUAUUGCAAAUAGUUCUUCCAGGACAUGCAAGAAAAUAAAAGUUACAAUACGACAGUUUGCUGACAUCUGCUUAUUUUCAACUGCACAGUACAAGUGUCCUGUGGCAUCGUUAGAAUCUGAAGAUGGUUUUCCUGUGGGACAGAGUGGAACCUUAUCAAAAGUGUACCGCCUCACACCACUCCUGAAUAACAACAGGGAUAAAAGAGGCUUGGCACUCGAUGGAAAAUUAAAACACGAGGAUACUAAUUUAGCCUCCUCGACGAUAAUGGAUGACACCAUUCCUAAAGAAAAUCUUGGAAUCAUAGUAAAAUACAAGGUCAAAGUGCGAGUCAUAGUGGCUUAUGGCGGUGAUGUGACACUGGAGUUACCGUUCACAUUAAGCCAUCCCAAACCUCCAGAUGAGACACCGCCGUCCACACCAGCCCCACAAGUACCCACAGAGGAAGCAGCAGGGGGUGCCGCUUCAGGUGACAUUCCUGUAGACCACAACUUAAUCGACUUUGACACUGAUGGUCCUGACAAGAAUGAGGAUGACGACCUUAUCUUUGAAGACUUCGCUCGCCUCAGGCUCAAAGGAGGAGAACACCUUGACAGUGCAGACGCCUGACUCCCAUUCAACGCGACAAUUUACAUGGGAGGGGAGAGAGAGAGGGAAGAAUUGUCUGUCUAAAGAAACUGUGUCUACUUACUUCGUGGAUUAGUUUCCUCUCCUAAGAGUUACAAAUUUGAAGAUAUUGUCUUGAUCUACUUAAAUAUUGUCAGACCACUUAGGAAAAGUAAUGUAUGGUAUUCAAUAGGAAGAAAUGUCUUGAACUUGGAAUUUAUCAGAAGAGGUUUACCGAGAGGUGGUAAUAUUACAGUAUUAGUUUCAAAGCCUCUCGGUUCCUCUGUAGACUUGUUUUCAGAUUCAGCUACAAACGGUAAAUAGAAGAGCGCUCUUGUGCGAAUUUAUGUAUGAAAAAGCGAUAUUAUUCGAUUUCAUUUUGACAUAGUUAAAAACCGUUCUUAGACAUAAUUUUGGCAUCAUUAUUUCUUUCUAUGAAGAACUUUUUUCAAAUCACUCAACAACCAAAAGACUGAUUCAUUUUUCUCACAUCAAAGUCAAUGGAAACGAAGACUCCAAACAUUUUAAUCAUAGAAGACGAAGCGAAAAAUAAUUUGUUUUGUGUUAUUUCUUUUAUUUUUUUCCUUUUGGAAGAACCUGCAGGAUAUUAUCUGAGUGGAAAUCGUGUAGUGAAAGGGAUACGUAUAGUAUGAAAUAUCGCCAGAUAUGUAUACACAACUUCCUUGUUAAGACCUAAAUUGCUAUUCUCCCUAUGUUAUAACUACUUACGAAGACUGUAACUUGAUCCUGUUUGAUAGGAGCCUAGGGCAAGAUUUUGAAAAUUAGAAAAAUGUCACUGUAUUAUUUCGUGAAUUAACGUCACAGAGGAGACGUGCUUGGGACUGGGGAGGGAUAACAGUAUUAAAAUUGAUCAGAUGUAUGUUGUAUGCUUCACUCGUAGCGAUUCACAUCUGUGGCUAAUAAAAUUGAUAAAUUGU